AUGUCGAAAGAAAAACCCGAUAAUGCACAACCCCUGGAGGAUGAAACGGAGAUCGAAAAGCUUGACGCAGAGGGAGACGUGACUUUAGUUGUGGGAGGUAACUCCGUGUCCCCACGUCAGUUCCUUGUAUCCUCAAAGGUCCUCUCUCUUGCUUCUCCUGUGUUUGCAAAAUUAUUUGGACCACAUUUUUUGGAAGGCUCGCAGAUGGCAAAACACGGCAGCAUCACAAUUCACCUUGAUGAGGACGAUGCUAAAGGGAUGGGGACAAUCCUCGGAAUCCUUCACUACCAGGAGAUCCCAGAGAUCGAGAAACUUAGCGCAAAAGAAAUAGUUACUGUGGUUAUCUGCUGUGAUAAGUACGAUUGUGCCAGAGUCAUCCAACUAUGGAUAGAAAAGUGGUUCCGCAGUCUCGAUCAGGGUCUCUCCGCGAAGGAGUAUGGCCAUGCUCUUCUUGCGGCGCAUCUGUUGCGCGCAUCAGACGACUUCUCCCAGAUAACGCGGAGGAUUCAACUGGAGUUCGGGCUGGGUUCAUUCCAUGCAUGGGAUGGCGAGGAGAUUCUGACUUUGUUGCCACGAAGUAUUAGACGUGAUCUGACAAAGGCAAUUGGAGACUUAUUGAAUCGUAUACAUCAUGAACUGCAGUCGAUGGACUUGGUCCUCAAAGGCACCGCACCCGUCAGGAAGUGCGGGAUGAUGUGCAUGACUUGCGGCAAAGAGUCCUUUCUUUCUGACAUUUCCAAGUGCUAUUACUGCAAGACCCAUACAAGCAACCCAUGCAAGGAAGAUCACCGAGUAGAUGUGUAUUUUUCUAUGCUGAGGAAGAAAAAUCUCUGGCCUUCUAUCACUCCAUUCCAAACUUUGUCCGCCAACGCCCUCGCAGUGUCCAUUAAGCGGCUGAAGGAUGACCUAGAACCCUCCUGCGAUGAGGCAUCCGGAUGCGUGGUGACCCCAGAAUUGAAAGGACUGGAGGAAAGGAUCGAUGGAAUUAUCGGGAAUGUUAAGGGGCUGUCUCUUUAUCCUCUGUCAGGGUAA